GUCUCCCAAAAGAAUUUGCCGAGGUUUGGUGAGAUUGCAUAGUCACCUCGGGCACUGUCUUAAAUAGGUCCCUCAAAUUCAUCUAGAGUCACCUUCUGGGUCCGACCAAAUGAGGCCUGCUCCCAUGCAGCUUGACACUGGCUCCUUUUCAUAUGAUAUGUACGAUGAACUGUCAUACAUUUAUUCGUCUGCCCUAUUCUCUACCGAAGAAUCUGAACCUUACAACCAAUCCUUCCCGCCAUUGGAAAAUCCGAGUCCUGAUGAUUUGUACCCUUCGCAAAUUUUCAACCAACCUUACUCGGGGCCAUUCUUAACUGGCCCUGAACCGUUUACACAGUCUCUUGAUACCGUCCAAGUGACUCCACCUUCCCCACCAUUACAGACGAUGCUACGUGACAACACGCGCCUUAUACCUAUAUAUACGCCGUCUCCCUCCUCAUCCUACGCCACACUCUCCCCCAGUCCCGGUCAUGAGUCGCCUUCGUCUCCAUGGUCUGAAAUUACCACCCCUUCUUCCGAGGGUAGCCUGUCUCCCAUGACCUCCCAUUUAGGUCUUUCACGUCGAGGGAGCUCAGCUUCUCUCAGACAUCACCAUUCCCCAAGCGAUCCCACAUUUUAUCUUCAACCUCCGGAUGCACCUAGGCACGUUCGCUCGCAUUCAGAGUCUAGCAUGGCUCGUCCCGUCGCGAGCCCAGCGAUGCUUGAUGCCAACCAACGACGCCGACGCCACCAAGCGUCUCAUAAGUGCGAUGAGUGUGGUCAAACCUUUACAGCUGUGUUUAGCUUAAAGCGUCACAUGCAAUCUCACUCUGGUGUUCGACCAUUCGUCUGCAACAUUCCUGGCUGUUCUCAGGCGUUCUUCAAUCAGAGCGACUGCAAACGCCACGAACGGAGCACGAAGCGUCACAAGGGUCUCACCUUUUCCGACUCACCUUAAUUUUGGCGUGCUAUUACAACCCUUUCACUUGAGUCUCCAGAAACGAUAGCUACACCCUCCGUCUUGUCCUGCCUCAUCCCCAACCAUGCCAAUCUUCAAAUCUGACAUACUCGCUCAACAUCUCAUCUCAUCUCAUUUCGACCAUAUAUACCAUUGGC